UCACUAAACAGUAUACAGACACAAAACGAAACCCUCGGCUUCCUCAAGACAACAAUUCAACAUUAAAAAUUUCUGGAUUCAACCCUCUUCAAAAAAUAUUUCUGGAUUCAGCACCAAGCCAAUAACCAAACAGUUACUUGAUUUUUCGGAUACAUAACAAAAAUGGCAGAAGAAAGCAGAACCGGAGGACCUGCCAAGUACGAUUUGAAUGCUAAAUGGGAUGCCUGCCUCGAUUUAGGAGUUCGUCGUUUUGUUUACUCUUCCUUCGCCGGCGCUGUCUCCGCCCUUCUUCUCUUCCGGAGUCCUGUAACACGCUGGGCAUCUGUAGCAUUUGGUGCUGGAGUGGGAAUUGGUUCUGCAUACUCAGAGUGCUCUUAUAAAUUCGAUAGAUCUUCACCGAUAUUGGCUCCUAACAUUUCCGAUGCCCCUCUUUCUAAGGCUGAGGAAUGAAAUUAUCAUGAUGGGUGGACAGGUUUUCCAUUGACUUGGGACUUCCAUUCCCUUGGUUGUUCGCUCUGGGAUUUAUUGCCAGGAUUGCUUUCAACUUUCUAAUCACAAAAAAAGAUGUAUUGCAUAACAUUUGGGAAUGCUGUCACUUGGUUUUGUAUCUCUAUAUCCUACUGGAGCUAAAUAGGAAAGAUAGCAGAUAAUAAUUGCUUUGGAAUGGUUGGAGAUGACUGACCGCAAAUUCGCACAACAUUUUUAAUGAAGUUUACGAUGUGUGUUAAAUUUCACCAA